AUGGAGGAGCGGAAGCUAAAGAGAAAGAGCCCCAGGUCAUCCACCAACACAGCGGCUCCGACUGGAGGCUCUGGCCGGAAGACGAGCACUUCCUCCGGGGGACGGCACGUCGGCUACAGCCACAACAUGGGGACUCACUCCAGCCAGAAGAACAAGAGCCGAAGGUUAAAAAACACACCUUUAACAACUAUUUUACCAUUUAUAUAUUUUAUAUGAAAUAUUGACAAGGUUUAGACUCACUUACAAGCACUUAUUUCUGACUAUUUUGUGUGUUUUCUCUGUUUUAGGGGCGUCAGAGACAAACCAAGGAGCCAUCAGGGCUCUGCAAGUAAAGCCAACCAGAACCAGAGCCAGGGUCAGGCUGCUCCUAUCAUCCAGCACUCCUUCCUGACUGAUGUUUCAGAUGUCCAGGAGAUGGAGAAGGGUCUGCUGAGUCUCCUCAACGACUUCCACUCAGGGAAACUACAAGCAUUUGGUAAUUUUUAAAUAUAGAGGAGACUACGGAUGUAAUGAUAUGAAAAUUUAACAUCAAAAUGAUCACGGUUAUCAAUAUUCUCACGGUAUUGUUGAAAUAUGUUCAAGAUGUUUAAAAAGCACUUUCACAUGCCCUGAAAUCAUUUAACAAAGUUUGAAAAAAACAAUCAAAAUAACACGCAGAAUGAACUUUUCCUUCACCUAAUAUAACAGAGGAACGUUAAGAUUAAAAACUAAAGAUGGGGCCGUAAAAGAGUUAAAGAUAAUCAACACGUGUACUAGUAAUAACAAAGUACAAAGUCAUGUAUGGAAGUAAAUCUGUGCUGUCUGAAUUUUAAUUUUAGUCCAACCCAAAGACCAAUCCAAGGUUGUUGUUGAGUUAUAUUUUGCCAUUUAUUGAUGUAAUGAAAAACAAACAAAAAAAAGACAGACACGUCCAACUUACAACGAUGGUGAGAGUGGUGUCGCAGAUUAGCGGUAGAAACCGUGUGCUCUUCCUGUUCCCCAGAUCACUGCUUUACCUGCGUCCCUUUGUAGCAUUUACCUGAAGUGCCUCUUGUGGUGAUUGUACGAGUAACAAAACAAAACCCCAAAAAUAAUAUUGAUAAAAUGGCGCAUACACACAGUAAUGAUAAAAUAAAAUAACAAAAAGGAGUAGGAAAAAACAAUACAAUCAAUAAAAGGUUAAAAAAGAAAAGAUUACAAGUAAAAAAAGGCUGAAAGGACAAUAAGUCGAAAUAAGAUAGAGGUAAAAGAGAUAAGAUCCCUGUAUUUAAAGGAAAAUUACACCUGUUUCUGUUUGCUCUCUCUGUCAGGUAAUGAAUGCUCCAUUGACCAGAUGGAGCACGUGAGGGAGAUGCAGGAGAAGCUGGCCCGUUUGCACUUUGACCUCUAUGGAGAGGUGGAUGAGAUGCCCGAGGACCAGAGGAAGGUGGCCUGUGACACCAACAUGGACAAACUCCUGCUUAAUGUAAGCCUGGAGUUAAUCCCAAAUACUCUGAAUUUUCUCCUCAUUUAUAAUAGAGCUGUUCACUGAGGGGGUGAAACUGCUCCACAUCCAUGCGAGGAUUUAGCUCCUAAUUCUCCCUCCUGGUUUUAAUCUGUUAAAGUAAUCUGGACCUACUUGUUACGUGUAUAACAGGAUAAAGUCUUGAAGGUGCCUCACGGCAACAUGAGUUUUAUAUGAUCAAAAUGUGCUUUUUCUCCACAGCUUGAGGAGCUGAGCACCUCCAUGUAUCCUUUCAUCGCCUUAAAACCAGAUUACAAACCCGUAAAGCUCAUAUUUGCUUAUUUUAAAUAUGUCAGAAAAACUAGGACAGUUCAGCAAUAAGUGACAAGUUAGGACAGCAGCAAGACUUAGACUGGACUGCAUCCUGACUCUCAUCAAACAGGGUUUUAUAGGUCUAGGCGGGUGCAUUUAUGAAAAAAAAAAAAACAAAUCCUUAAGAACAUACUUAAAGUUUACCAAAGUUUGACCGCUAGAAGGGUGUCAUUUUCACAAUGGCUUCCAUGAUGGGUUGGAAGCCCAGGGAGACACCUAAGGUGAAUAGGGUAGAUGACAGAUGAAUGAAGAUGACACCUUUCAAACUUUGGUCAACUUUUAGUAUGUUACUAAGGACAUCUAAUAUUAUAAAAAAACAGCUGAGAAACCUUCAGUUUGAAUUUUUUGGGGUCAAGUCUUAUUUGCACCUGACUAGUCCCUUUGAAGUGAAAGUAAAACCACUUCGCUGUCGCGUUUCCUGCCUCUCCAACUCUCUUCUUGUUCCUAAACUUCCUGGUGUGUUUCCUUGACCGCUUCACUCCUCCAGCCAGAAGCUGAAUCUCGCCGACUCCCAGGAAAUCCCGAGGACUGCCAGCAUGUGA